AUGGCGUCGCGCCUUCUCAAGAUCAGGAAAAUGAAACAGGCGGCUUAUAUCGACCCGCUUUUGCUGACGAAGAGACAGGUCCCUGCCCCGUCCCAGCUUGUCUUCCCCACUUUUAUUGAGCCCAGCGGUGUGAGGUUGGUCCUGUCGAUGGCCACAUCAUCAGAUGGCGUCCAAGAGCUUCCCGGCUGGAGGCUGAGGACCACUUCAUUGCUGGAACCGGCGGCAAGCGGGGUGGAGGCCGGAGGGGCGUCUCCUGGUGGUUCCCCCGUCGACGGUGCUGGCAGGCAAGCGGACAGAGGCGGGCCUACUACCUGGCGGUUGGCAACUCUAGCCAAACUGGACACAUCCGCAUCGGAGGGGACAUACCUGGGCCUUUCCAAGAACCACUCACUGCUUCUUCUCAGCCAGGAGCCAACAACUUCGGCCUCCACAGAGCGGCGAAAACACCAUGAUGCAGCCACCCUCACUGAGCUCUGUGCUAGCACCAACGUUCCUGAGGUGGAAAUCAUUAGCCUUCUCGGGGAACAGCUGCCGCUCUACCAGCUCCGGGCAGACACAGUAUUUGGCUAUGACCACGGGGAUUGGAUUCACACCCCUCUCGUGGCCCCCGAUGCCGCCAGCCGCCUUACCCCGCAGCAGACUGAGGAGACCCUGGACUAUUUCUUGCUUUGCUCUGAGCGGGUUGGCAGGAUCACCAAGACCUACCAGGAUAUAGAUGCAGUCAACCUGCUGGAAGAGAAGGAGCAUGAUCUGGAGUUAGCAGCCCGCAUUGGGCAGUCAUUGUUGAAGCAGAAUCGGAGCCUGUCGGAACGCAAUGAACUCUUGGAAGAGCAACUUGAAUUAGCCAAGGAAGAGAUAGCACAGCUGCGCCAUGAAAUAUCCAUGCGGGAUGACCUUCUGCACCUUUACACCAACAGCACGGAAGAGAGCGAGCCAACCACGGCCACCUCUACCCCGCUGCGAAGGAAUGAAUCCACCCUCUGCCUGCAGCAGUGUUUCCAGUACGAUGCUCUGCAGCAGAAGUUGAAAGGGCUGGAGGAGGAGAACCAGCAACUGCGCACAGAGGUCACUAACAUCUCCUCUGAAACAUGCCAGUACGAAGAACAGGAGCAGAAGCUGAUGAUCGAUUGCGUGGAGCAGUUUUCCGAAGCAAGCCGGGAGGUUGUGCUGCUCUCCGAAGAGCUGGCCCGCAAGGCGGAGGAUACGGCCCGUCAGCAGGAGGAGAUCAGCCAGCUGCUGGCCCAGGUGGUGGAUCUGCAGCACAAAUGCCGCACGUAUGGCUCGGAAGUGGAGGAACUGCAGCAACACCUCGCCGCGUCCAAGGAGGCCCAACAGCAGCUGCGGACAGAGCUCCAGGACCUGCAGGAGAAAUAUGCGGAGUGUGGGGCCAUGUUGCAUGAAGCCCAGGAGGAAAUCAAGACUCUCCGGAGCCGGAGUCUCCCCAACAGCGCCAUUAAUCGCCAUAGCUCCCCCACCUUCCUGCCCCUGGAUUCCCUGGCUGCAGAGAUCAAGGGUACCAUGAGAAAGGGGACCGAGAGUUCCGGUUCUUCGGAGUACAAGAGCUACCGGAGGGUCUUUGAGACCGUGAAGGCCGUGAACCAGGCGGUGAAAGCCAGAUCCCGGGCAGAGUCGCCCCUGAGUUUUCCGUGGAGUUCUCCGAAAGCUUCUUCGCUGGGUUGCAGCCGCUUGAGCACCCCCCGCACCAGCUACUAUGGGUCAGACAGCCCGGUUGCGGGAACGAUGGAGGGGCAAGAUGGACAGGCUCUCGGAGGUCCUCCUGGUGCCCGCCGAGAUGGGCUUGGGGCCUCCUUGGGCACCCCCGGCCGGCAUGACCUGGAAGCUGCCCUCCGGUGCCUGUCCGCCCGCCAGGAGAGCCACAGCACGGAGCGCUCAUUCUUUGAGGUGGAGCGCGAGAGCAAGCUCAAGCGCCUGGCCCGGGACAUGGAGGACUCCAGUGGCUUCCUCACCCCCAACGAGAGCGUGGCAUCGACCGGCACCAACUAUUCGGGCAGCUCCGGAGGCUCUGGCUUCUCCCUGGGUUCCUUCUCCUACUUCCCCGAUAAGCUUCAGAUCAUUAAGCCUCUGGAAGGCUCCAUGACCCUCCACCACUGGCAGCAACUGGCUCAGCCCAAUUUGGCCGGAGUCCUGGACCCUCGGCCCGGCGUGCUUACCAAAGACUUCCGGCAGCUUGACGUUGAUCUGGAGGAGGUCUACAACCUGAACGACUUGGAGGAAGAUGACGUGGACAUGAGCUCCUUCCCGGCCCUUGCUACCUCGACUCCUGCCAAAGCCAAGGAAAGACCCAGUGUCUUCCACUCUGUUAACAAUCUGCCCCAGACCCCGCCUACUUUCACCAUCACCACCUGUUGCAUCUUGCACCCUAGCAAGGAGGUCACCAUGGUGACGCCCAGUCUUUAUAAUACAGUUGUGUCCUCUUGUGGGCCCGGUGCGGGGCUGAGCCCCCCUCCCCAGCUCCCCCCACAGCAGCAGCAGCCCAGCCACAAACUGCCGCAGGACUCUCCUCUUGGACUGGCGACUCUGCUGGCAGAGCGAGGCAUCUCAGCCCAGAGCAGAGCUGGGACGGUGGCGGCCUCGCCCAACUUUGCAGAAGCCUCCAGCUCCCUGUGUUGGCUGUCUCCUCCUUUGGCUCCGCUGCGGCGCUGCCGCUGGGACGGCCUGGCCGAGCGGGCCUUGGGUUCCGGUUUGCUGCAGCGGAGGGAAGCCAGGAGGAGUCAAAACAGCAUCUUCAGCAUGAACCUGGUGGAGAAGCUGCAGCAGCUGGGGCUGGACAAGGUGGUGGCCAGAGGAGAAGCCUCGUACGCAACCUCCAGCCUGCAGGGGGCGCCACCGGAAGGAGAGGGGCCGGCCACGACUCGCAGUGACGACGUCUUCCACUAGGUGGGGCCAAAAGCCAA